CGAUGGUGUCAAUUGAGGAUCUCCUGAAAAUCUGGCCUUAUGGUCGAUUCCUCAAAGAUUGGCAUUAAAGAGGUAGGCAGUCGUGAAGUAAUCUUACAUGUACUUUCUAAGAGUGAAUGAGGCGGUGGGAUGGAAUAAUCACCCAGGACGUUCUCAUUUGCUCGCUGUCCUUGAUAGCCAUGGGGUUCAUAGCGGGGCUGUCUUCAAGAGUGUUGGUGGGGAGUCCCAAGUCGGGACAUGUUAAUCAAAUCCUUGUGUUGUUGUGCCAAUUAUGAUUUAAUAUCUUUAUACCCCCGAAUGUUGGCGUUAGAG